UGGAAAGUUCGACGCUCAGUAGGCCUUAUUAUUUUCACCUGAUGUUAUUGAAUUUAUCACAACUCAACCUGUUAUCGUAAUUUGCAUACCUGCAAGAUUCCAGCUAGACUUAAUAAACUCUCAGUGUUUUAUUAAGCGAGUGUUUACUUGAGGGUGUGUGUGUUAAGUCGUGUUUAUAAAUAUUACGAAAUAUGGGUGAGUUAAAAUAUCUGUCCGGCUUCGGGUCCGAGUUCGCAAGCGAAGACCCGCGGAGGCCCGGAGCGCUACCUGUCGGUCAAAACAGUCCGCAGCGGUGCGCGUAUGGGUUAUACGCGGAACAACUAUCUGGAAGCGCCUUUACUGCUCCGAGACAUGAUAACAAACGCUCUUGGCUGUACAGGAUUCGUCCAUCAGUUGUCCAUAAGCCUUUCAAACGAUCCUAUGUGGCGAAAUACCUGACGCACAAAUGGGACGAAGCUGAACCAGAUCCCAAUCAGUCUCGCUGGCUCCCCUUCGACAUCCCAUCAUCGCAGCAGGUGGAUUUCGUGGCCGGCCUGCACACGGUGUGCGGCGCGGGCGACCCUCGUGCUAGGCACGGCAUCGCUAUCCAUGUCUACCUGUGCAAUGCCUCGAUGGAAAAGAGUGCAUUCUAUAGCAGCGAUGGAGACUUUCUCAUUGUCCCUCAACAAGGAGUACUGAAAAUAACGACGGAAUUUGGAAAAAUGGAGGUUCGCCCCAACGAAAUAGCUGUCAUACAACUAGGAAUGAGAUUUUCCGUGGCUGUAGACGGACCGACUAGAGGAUACAUUUUGGAGGUAUUCGACGGCCACUUCAAAUUGCCCGACUUGGGGCCAAUAGGCGCCAACGGUUUGGCCAACCCUCGAGAUUUUCUGACUCCUGUUGCCUACUACGAAGACAAAGAUAUUCCUGGGUUUAAGAUCAUAAGCAAGUACCAAGGCGCGCUGUUCGAGGCGGAGCAGGGCCACUCGCCGUUCGACGUGGUGGCGUGGCACGGCAACUACGUGCCCUACAAAUACGAUCUCAGCAACUUCAUGGUCAUCAACUCCGUCUCCUUCGACCAUUGUGAUCCGUCAAUUUUCACAGUCCUAACAUGUGCAUCGGCUAGACCCGGAACUGCGAUCGCGGAUUUCGUCAUAUUCCCACCGCGUUGGUCCGUCCAAGAAAAUACUUUCAGACCCCCGUACUACCACAGGAACUGUAUGAGUGAGUUCAUGGGCCUGAUCUUGGGAUCCUACGAAGCGAAGGAGGGCGGCUUCCUGCCCGGCGGCGCCUCGCUGCACUCCAUGAUGACUCCGCAUGGACCCGACGAUAAAUGCUUUAACGCUGCCUCCAAAGGCGAACUGGUGCCGCAGAAGAUUGCUGUUGGGACGCAGGCUUUUAUGUUCGAGUCUUCAUUGAGUAUGGCGAUCACGAAAUGGGGCGCGGAGACAUGUCAGAAACUCGACGCUAAAUAUUACGAAUGCUGGCAGAAUUUACCCAAGUUAUUCACUGAUAAAAUGAAUGUUUAAAAGCUUUUAUAUUGUUGUUUCUAUUAAUAAAUAUUUUCAAAUGCA